UUCAAUUGUGCACCAACUUUCCAAUCACAAGGGUAGUUCAGUAGUAAUCAGAAAGGCGAGAGCGAAACCAUUUGUUGAACAACAAAAUUUGUAACAAUUAAUAUGUUUGAGCACUUUAAAAGCCGUCACAGCGUGUAUUUGUAUCUAACUGCACUGCUUGUAUUUGCCUUCAGUAACAACAACAAUGUUUUUGUAAAUGCUACGCCUGCAUUUCCAAUGCAGAACAGCGUUAACAACAACAACAACUACUAUUCACCGAUUAACUCUAGUAUUAACGCCAAUGAAACACAACUGAAUUUAUACAAUGCGCAACUCAUCAAAAUGACACUCAGCGAUAAAGUCAAUCUCACCGCCAUCACGUGGGCGCAUGCGGUUAAUAGCCAAAAAGAGCUGAACGAAGCGCUCAAUAGUGACAUUAACAUGAUCGAGGCAGACAUUGUGCUUGGCAAGCUCAAUAACACUGGUGAUGAUUUGCCUGUGAUGGCGCAUCCUCCAGCCAAUUCCUCGGAUCUCUCAUUGACUGAAUUCAUGUUGCGCAUUUUGGAGCACAAUGCGGAGCAUGUCGAAGAUGCAAAGGGUGUUAAAUUGGAUUUCAAGUCAAUUGAGGUGUUUGAAGGCUCGUUGGAUAUACUGAGUGAACUGAUACCAUUGAUGUCCCAUCCCGUUUGGCUGAAUGCGGAUAUAAUUCGCGGACCUGUCAAUCAAACCAGCACGAUACCCGUUGAUCCAGCGCGUUUCUUCGCUGGCGCUGCGAAAUUCGAAACGUCUGUACUCUCAAUCGGUUGGACGACACGUUGGGGCGCCAAUUACACAGACGGUGCCUAUACGGAGCAAGAAAUCGAUGAAAUGUUGCAUGCAAUCAAAAACAACAACGUAACCGCCAAACAACAUCCCAUUACAUUCCCCGUGCGCGCUGGCAUUGCUGCCAACAGUUUGGAACAACUGCAUGCGCUGGUGGCUGCCGUCAACGAGACGAACGAGAGCUCACUCACCAUUUGGUCGUCGGCUAAUGAUUUCGUUGAUGUGCAGAAAUUGCGUAAACUCAUUUUCUCCUUCGGUUUCGAACGUGUCUACUUGGAUGUACCCGAGGAAUUGUCGGAACAGUUGGAUUUGUAUCGCCCAGAAACCGAUAAUGCCGCUGGCAGUUUGCCGUCUUUGCUCAGUUUUAGUGUUGUCAGCGCAUGCUUGUAUUUGACCAGCAUGUGGCUGAGUCGCAUUAGGUUGUAGGUUUCUUACAGAAUGGACGGGCUUCUGGAUAUCGGAAGACAUAAUUGCAGAGAUUGAAGAGAGGACAGGUUCUAGCAGUUGAGUAUACCAUAAUUAGCAGACUAAUAUUUAUUUUAAAUAAAUAGUGUUUACUUUGAAAUAAAUUGUAGAAUUUUUUCUGAUAUUUAAGCAUUUUGAGCUCUUUAACACUCUUGACUUCUGGUGAGUGGUAUGGUUUAUACCGUCUUAAGCUGAUUUUGAGCUUUGUGACCAGAAGUGCUUACGCUGUUGUUAUUGUUGUUGUAGUUGCAUAAAUUGUUUCCAAAAUAGUUUUGUUAGUAACUUUUUCCGAGAUGACAAUAAAUGCCAUGUUAGGAAUCCUUGUUCGUAACGCUAACUUAGAACCGACUGUUGUGCGAACGGCUUGGAAAUUAAACCACAUUGUUAUUGUUGUUGUAAUUGCUUAAGAUAUUUCCAAAAUAAUUGUGGAGUAUACAGGCGAGGUUCCCGAGUUCGUAUCGCUUUCUUUUUCCAAAACUGUACAGAUCUACUCUUUUAAUAGAACGCCAUGGAAAUGAAACAACUAUGGUUAAUGUUAUUAUUAUAUAAUCUUUUUCGUUUUACAAUUUAUUCAAGUAAUAAAUAUUUUAUUACAUAAAUUAAUUUCAUCAUUUGGUUUCUUAUACAGGAAAGCUUUCACCUUAUCACGUUUUGCUGUUCCAUUUUUCAUAUUUUUCACAUUUUCACAUGCUUUUACUUUUCAAGUCUCGCAUUAACGGUAAUGAAACAUGAAAAUAUUUAAAAGACCAGCUUUGUACUUAAAUAUUAUUAUUUAUAAUUUUUGUUUUUGUUUGUUUUGAUUUCCAGAAAGCGCACACAAUUUGAGUUCGAAAUAGAAAAAAAAAUACUUAUUGAUUUUUGGUAUCUUAAAAACUAUAGAAGAGAGUGACUAUAACACUUAGAAAUGUGUGUAUAUGAUUUUUUUUUAUUUUAUGAAGACAUGAGGCUUAAGUGUUUAGGGUGCAUGAAAAGUGAUAAAUGAAAUAACUUCAUUUCGAAUGCCAAUAAAUUAAUAUUUUUUUAUAUGAAUUAACAGUGUCUAUAUACUUAUGUAUAGUCACAAUAGAUUUUUGAUGUUCUGAAUUUUUUAAUGCAAAUAUGCCAAUAAUUAUUUAUAAUAGCAAUACAAUAGACAAUACGCUUGUAUGUUUCUGUGCUGCAUGCACCAGCUUGUCAUUUCGCGCUGUUUUUUUUUCUACAAAAAUAUUUUUUUCUUGAAACUAAAUGUCAUUUGAUUACAUGGACAUGUUUUAUAUAAACUUUACAUAUGAAUAAUGUAAUGUAAUGUAAUAUGCUACUGUUAUUACGGUAAUUACUGUUUAUGAGGUUGCAUUUCAUUAUUUACAAACAUACAUAGCAAGUAGAGUUACAUACUUAGAAAUUUGCUUUAACUCCUAGUUGCAUUCAAAACAAUGGCAGGCGCUCACAUAAGGAGCAUUUCAAAAAAAAAAAAUAACAUUAGAAAA